AAAUAUUCCCUGAAACUCACAUUCUUGGAGUAAGGAGCCACUUCACCAAAGUGUGGACACACUACCCAAGUGUUACCUUAGCACGAGAUAAUCGGCACGUGCGAGCUCGUUCAGCCUCCUGCCCUGAACACCGAGAGAGAAUCCCGGACGCGCUCUCCCUAGGAUUUGUACAGCUCGGCUCGGGAGUUGGGACCGCUAAACAUCUCCGUCCGAGAGGGAAACGAGGAGUGGGAGACGCGAGAGAAGAGAGGACAUGAACGGAAGGGAGGCACAAAUCACUGAAAAGCAGAGCUGUAUACGCGCGUAACGCUAUUCCGGGCUGUGCGUAAAAGCGCCAAACAAAGUAACGUUAACCGGAUAAAUGUAAACACUGCUAUUUUUUUGUUUUUUGUUUCUCCUGGACAUGUUUCCGCUGCCGGAGAGCGUUGUUUAGACUGUGUUGUGGAAACAAGGGUGAUCCCGGCGCUGUACAGAGACUGCUCUGUGUAUGAUCUCUGUUUCUUUUAUUGUUAUUGCUCUGGGAAAUUACGGGAAGUUCUUGUUUUUGACGCUUCGCUUCUGAGGAAAUGCGAUGCGAAUGCGGUAGGUGACUCCGGGGCUCUGGUUGAACAGCUAAACAGGACUUGAAACGCUGUUUUUUCCACAUUUGCAUGGUAGGCUGUGCUGUUUGGUUCACUGAAAUGUGAGACACUAGUGAAGUCGACACAUGACAAACCGCCGCAUCCAGCUGUUUUAUUAGCCACUACUGUAGCCGUCCAUUCACGCCUUUUGGAUUUGGGAUAUGCUAAGAAAAGUUUUUAAGAAUGAAGAGAAGAAAAUUCCCAUAGGUCGACUCCGUUUUCUGCUCACAUCGCCGCCGUCUGCUGAGCUGGAUCUGUGGAAGCGCUGUUAUUAUUUUAGUCUUUUUCAAGCCUUCAUCAUUUCCAUGUUGUGGCGACAGCAGAGCUGACAUGCGCCUGGGAUGGGGCUAUAGUGCGGUGACACACUGCGAUUAACAUACAGUUGCGAAAUUGCCUGAUUGUGGAGCUGAUAGUGAAUGAGUUAGACAUCCGGCGCAGGUAGGGAAUCGAGCGUAGUGCCUGCUUGUGCGCCGUGAAACCCGCCGCUUUCAGCCCGGCUGUGAACCACUUCGAGGACUCGGUUUACUUUGUGAGAGGAGGAGAGAGUCUCCGGAGCCGAUAUGGAGGAGUGGAGACAAUGCGGGCGGUGGUUGAUAGACUGCAAGGUCCUGCCCCCGAACCACCGGGUCGUGUGGCCCUCGGCGGCCGUCUUCGACUUGGCACAGGCCCUGCGAGAUGGGGUGCUCUUGUGCCAGAUGUUGCACAACCUGUCGCCCGGAUCAGUGGACCUGAAGGAGAUCAAUUUCAGACCCCAGAUGUCACAGUUCCUGUGUUUGAAGAACAUCCGAACAUUUCUCAAGGUGUGCCACGACAAGUUCGGCCUGCGCAACAGCGAGCUGUUUGACCCUUUCGACCUCUUUGAUGUCAGGGACUUCGGCAAGGUAAUCUCCGCUCUGUCAAGGAUCUCCCACCACAGCAUUGCACAGAUCAAAGGCAUCAGGCCCUUUCCAUCAGAGGACACAGCUCUGAAUGAGGAUGAUGUGUACCGGAGCCUGGAGGAGCUGGCAGAUGAGCAUGACUUGGGUGAGGAUGACAUCUACGACUGUGUGCCGUGUGAGGACGACGGGGAUGACAUCUAUGAGGACAUCAUUAAGGUGGAAGUACGACAACCCAUGAUCAGAUACAUGCAGAAAAUGGGUAUGACAGAAGAUGACAAGAGAAAUUGCUGCUUAGUGGAGAUCCAGGAGACUGAAGCGAAGUACUACAAGACUUUAGAGGACAUUGAGAAGAAUUACAUGAUCCCGUUGAAGCAAGUCUUGAGUCCACAAGACAUGGAAGCUAUCUUUGUCAAUCUUGAGGAUGUAAUUAAAGUCCACUUUGCCCUCCUGCGAGCCAUCGACCUGAACAUGGUCAGUGGAGGAAGUGGCCUGGGCAAGAUCUUCCUCGACUUCAAGGAAAGGUUGUUGAUCUAUGGUCAGUACUGCAGCCACAUGGAGAACGCCCAGAAGACACUGGAUGAACUUAUAGCAACGCGUGAGGAUGUCAAGAUUAAAGUAGAGGAAUGUACUAUGAAAGUGCAGGAAGGCAAGUUCAAGCUUCAGGAUCUUCUGGUGGUUCCCAUGCAGAGGGUGCUGAAGUAUCACCUACUACUGAAGGAGCUUUUGAGUCACUCAACUGACCGACCAGAGAGACAGCAACUCAAGGAGGCUCUGGAGGCUAUGCAGGACCUGGCCAUGUACAUCAACGAAGUCAAGAGGGACAACGAGACACUGAAGAAAAUCAGCGAAUUCCAAAGUUCAAUAGAAAAUCUUCAGCAGGUGAAACUGGAGGAGUACGGAAGGCCAAAGAUAGACGGAGAGCUGAAGGUGUGCUCCAUUGUCAACCGAACAAAACAGGACCGGUAUAUAUUCCUGUUUGAUAAAGUGGUCAUUGUCUGCAAGAGGAAAGGCUACAGCUAUGAGCUUAAAGAGAUUAUUGAACUGCAGUCGUAUAAAAUGUCCGACGACCCCAUGAACAACAGAGACAUGAAAAAGUCGAGUGGAAAAAUGUGGUCUUAUGGUUUCUACCUGAUCCACCUGCAAGGGAAGCAGGGCUUCCAGUUCUUUUGUAAAACUGAGGAGACAAAGAGGAAGUGGAUGGAGCAGUUUGACAUGGCCAUGUCCAACAUCAAGCCAGAGAGAGCCACAGCCAAUCAGCAUAACUUUCAAAUGCACACAUUCGAUAAGAACACCAACUGUCGAGCCUGCAAGAUGCUCCUGAGGGGCAUCUUUUAUCAGGGCUACUACUGCUCUCACUGUGGAACAGGAGCACACAAAGAGUGUCUGGAAGUCAUCACCAUCUGUAAAAUCAAUCCUCAUGACUUGGAACCUGGAUUAUCAUCAGGUCCCAAGAUGGUGGCAGUGAGGAACUACCAUGGCACACCGGCACCUCCAGGGAAGACACCGCUCUGUUUUCAAACAGGAGAUUUUAUCGAGCUGCUGAAGGGAGAUCCUGACACCACAUGGUGGGAGGGGAAGCUGAUACAAACACAAAAGAGCGGCUUCUUUCCCAGUUCAUGUGUCAAACCUUAUUUGGACCCAAAGCCCUUCCAGUCAUUAUCCAGCCGGCAGUCCUCAAGGGAAGCAGACUACUAUGGAUAUCCUUGGUUUGCAGGGAACAUGGAGCGCCAGCAGGCCGACAACCUUUUAAAAUCCCACAGCAGUGGGACCUACCUUAUCAGAGAGAGGACAGCUGAGGCGGAGAGGUUCGCCAUCAGCAUCAAAUUCAAUGAUGAAGUAAAGCACAUUAAAGUCAUUGAAAAAGACAGCUGGAUUCACAUUACUGAGGCCAAGAAGUUUGAGAGUCUUUUGGAGCUGGUGGAGUACUAUCAGUCCCAUUCACUGAAAGAAAGCUUCAAGUUAUUAGAUACCACAUUGCGAUACCCCUACAAGUCAAGAGAACGCUCGCUUACUCGGGCCAGUACACGCUCACCAGCAGCCACCUGCGCCUCCUACAACUUCUCCUUCCUCAGUCCACAGGGCCUCAACUUCUCCUCUCAGAGCUCAGCUCCCUUUUGGUCAGUGUUUACUCCUCGGGUGGUCAGUACAGCAGUGGCCAGGUAUAACUUUGCAGCACGAGACAUGAGAGAGCUGUCACUGCGAGAAGGAGACAUAGUCAAAAUUUACAGCAAGAUCGGUGGGGACCAGGGCUGGUGGAAAGGAGAGGCCAACGGGCGAAUUGGAUGGUUUCCCUCAACCUACGUGGAUGAAGAAGGAGUGCAGUAAGGCACGGGUGUUUGCUGGCCUGGCUCCCUUUAAAUCAGGAACCAUCUUCAAUCUACUGUUCUCAGAGAAAUUACUCACUCUCUCCAGGAAAAUAACUUUUUUGUUGUUGUUUUUGCUGGAUACUCAUUUUUCAGUGAGUGUUUCUACCCUUGUUUCUCUAUCUUCAAUUAUGCAUCAGCUUUGCUUUUGUUUGGAUUUGUUUUUUUCUUUUCUUUUGGCGGAUGUCCUGUUUAAUUUCUGUACAGGAAACUGGCUUUCUGUCUGUCAGCCUGUGUGUGCGCUGCAGAGGCUUUAUUGAACUAUUGAGGACACAGCAGAAACUGACUGUGGAUAGCUUUACUUUGAAAAAGGCUCCCCUUUGUUGCAGGUCUAUGCGAGGUGAAAUAAUUGUACAGUAUAGAUAAUUUAUUGAAUAGAGAUUAUUAUCAUUACUAUUGAUUAUUGUGGGGGAAGUUGAUUUUAGUAACAGCAAGGAAUCAGAUGAUAAAAACUAAAAUAAGGAAAAAAAAAACGGAAAAAAAAAACAGAUGCUCUGUUUUCAUGUUGAGAGAUUUUGCCUUAGUUGUCAUGGUGAUGCCUUGUGGGCUGACACCAGUGGAGGGAAUCGACUUUGUUGACUGGUUUUACUUCUCCUGUAUGCAUGUGCCCAUGUGCGGCCCACACAAACACACACACACACACACACACACACACACACACACACACACACACACACACACACACACACCAAUGUACAGUACGGUGCCUUUGAAGAAUGGUCGCUUACUGAACCUCAACAUCAGCCAGUAAAAGAACAUUGCCAUCCCCUAAAAGACAGUUUGUCCACGUCCAGAGGACAUUACUAUUACUAAAGGAGGGGAGAGGCACUUAUACAACAUACUGAAGACGGCUCGCCUUCUGAGCCCUCAAAAACAAGAUGGUGAAGCAUUAAACUUAUCACAACUGGUGACCGGAUGGACUCACAGGGACAGUCGGAUGGUUUUUAUAGCCAACAACAAUCACAUACACAGUUCUCGUCGGCCUUGGCGUCACAAGUCUAAUGGUGCAAUCAGCUGGAUGCGAAAGGGAAACAUCAAGACAUUCCACUCAACUACCACUUUACACUUUCAAAUCUCGGUGUUCAUUGUUUUAUUGUUUGAAUUUUGCAAUUUUGUUUUUUUGCACAGAAUCAAGAUUAUUUUUUAAGUUUUUAAGGAACUGGACCAACAUUUUUUUUAAUAUAAUUUGAAGCCAAAUUCAGCCAUGUUUUAAUGUCUGCAUGGAGUCGAUUGUUAUGAGUUUUGUACCUUGCCUUAUUUUUACAGAUGAUCAGGUGACGGGCUUUUUUCCCUCUUAAUGUUAAUCAGUUUCCAUGUGUGAAAUCCAUUUUGGUGCUGUGCAGACUGGUGAAAAUUAAAUAGUGUCAGAGGAUUUUGAAUCUGAAGGAAAACUUUGUGUGCUAAUUAACAUGAAUCCACAGAAGGAGCCCUUAAUCAUUUUGUGAUUUUCUAGGGGUGCAGUGCUCAGUGCUUACAUUUGCUUCCAGUAAUUUCCUAGUGCCAUAAAGUAAAUACUUUUGCAGAUUUACAUUUACAAGUUUUCUAUUGAAAGCGUAGAUGUACCAGACAAUUUUCUAAUUCUAGUUAUGCAGAUAUUCCAAUGUUUACUGACCCUGUCAACUCAGCUUUCUUAAAAAGUUACAGUUUUGUUUGCAUUUAUAUUCAUAUACAGUGCAUUGACUCUAACUCUAUUUACAUGGUCUAACCUUUAACCUUCAUAUCUUCCACCUACACAUUUCAGUAUUGAUAUAUUGCUUGGAGCUGACACUGAAUUGUCUUUUGUCUUAGAAAAUUUCACAGCAAACAAAAGGGGGAAAAAAUAAGAAUUGCUUUUCUAGGGAUUGGAAAUUAUGGAAAACAGCUGUUUUCAUAAAAUGAAGACUGUCGUCUUGCUGCAAAAAAAAUCUAUUUGAACUAACUCUCAUUCAUACACCUCACUGAAAAGUAAAGUGCAAACACUGAGCACAUCAACUCUGGCUGUUUCACGAAGACUUAAUGGAGCAGAAGAUGCUGAUUUGUUUAGUUUCUAAACUUUUGACUGUCUAUGAUGUGUGUUAUUACAAUGGCUGACCGCCCCAAAAAAACACAAAGUCCUACCACUGUGUGAGGGGGACCCACAGGAGGCCUCCAUGUUGUCUAGAAUGAGGGGAGGGUGGGGUCUAGUCGCUGUUUAUGUAGUGGAAAAAACCCAUUGCAUGUGGCUAUUGAUUUUUCAACUCCUGUCAAUACAUCCUCGAAAAAAUAAGUACUUAAUCGUGUACAUUUUUUUUUGAAUGGUUGAGUAUUUCCAAAUGAGGUCUAUCAUGAAAUAAAUAUUUCUCUUUUGGUUUAAA